AUGGCAUUGAGAAAGUGCAGCGCAGUGCUCAUUGGCCGCAUUGCCGGCAAUUCUCGCCGAUUGGCAUCAACGAUGACUGUUCGUGAUGCUCUCAACCAGGCAAUGGACGAGGAAAUCCGUAGAGACGAUCGCGUGUUCCUUCUCGGUGAGGAAGUGGCGCAAUACGACGGAGCCUACAAGGUGUCAAAAGGCCUCUGGAAGAAAUACGGAGAUAAGCGAAUCAUCGAUACCCCGAUCACUGAAAUGGGAUUCGCCGGAAUCGCCGUCGGCGCCGCGUUCGCCGGUCUUCGUCCGAUUUGCGAGUUCAUGACCUGGAACUUUUCAAUGCAAGCCAUUGAUCAGAUCAUUAAUUCGGCUGCCAAAACAUUCUACAUGUCGGCUGGACGGGUUAAUGUUCCAAUCGUCUUCCGUGGUCCAAAUGGAGCCGCUGCUGGUGUCGCCGCCCAACACUCACAAGACUACUCGGCCUGGUAUGCUCAUUGUCCAGGGCUCAAAGUGCUCACCCCAUACAGCGCCGAAGACGCCAAGGGUCUUUUGAAGGCCGCCAUUCGCGACGACAAUCCGGUCGUUUUUCUCGAGAACGAAAUCCUCUACGGACACUCAUUCCCGGUGUCCGACGAGGUUCUCUCCGAAGAUUUCAUUGUGCCAAUCGGAAAAGCGAAAAUCGAGCGCGCUGGCGACCACGUGACGCUCGUCUCGUUCUCGCGAGGCGUUGAAUAUUGUCUGGAGGCCGCCAAGCAGCUCGAGGCGAUCGGCGUCAGCGCUGAAAUCAUCAAUUUGCGAUCGCUUCGUCCAUUCGACUUCGAAUCAAUCCGCCAAUCGGUGUUCAAGACACAUCAUUUGGUGACCGUCGAGACCGGAUGGCCAUUCGCUGGAAUCGGAGCUGAGAUUGCCGCGCAGGUCAUGGAGAGCGACGUGUUCGAUCAACUUGACGCCCCACUUCUCAGAGUGACGGGUGUCGAUGUUCCAAUGCCAUAUGCUCAAUCUCUUGAGCUCGCUGCUCUUCCAUCCGUUGAGCACGUCGUCAAAUCUGUCAAGAAGAGCCUUAACAUUGCAUAA